AUGGGCGGACUAUGGGAGGCAGGUGUGAAAACUGCAAAGCACCUACUCCUACGAGCGGUGGGCAGCGCACUUCUCAACGCCGAAGAGCUGGCAACAGUCCUCGUCGGGAUCGAGGCCACGAUGAACUCGCUGCCCCUCGGAGCGCUCAGCCAGGACCCAAGCGACGGAAAGGCUCUUACUCCCGGGCACCUGCUGACAGGCGGGCCGCUCAUCGCAGCACCAGCACUCUGGACCCCGGACCAGGGUCCCCUGGUCCGGGGUCCGGAGUGCUGGUCUCAGUUGCUUGCGGCGAUGGCGGCUUGUCUGUCAGUCAGGCAAACGUUCUGGCGGCGAUGGUCCCGGGAAUAUGUCCUGGGCCUUCAGGUUCGGGGCAAGUGGCACGAGGAGAAGGCCAACGUCGAGGAGGGCCAACUCGUCGUCGUGGCAGAGGACAACCUGCUGCCUCAACAGUGGCUCCUGGGAAGGAUCGUCGCGACGCACGCAGGAGAGGACGGCAAGGUCAGGGUCGUCGACCUUAGGAGCAGUGAUGGAGCCAUCUUCCGGAGGGCGAUCCACAAGCUGGAGCCGCUGCCGAUUUGUUGA